AUGGAAGUCCUAUCCACCGCUCAGCUCGCCUCGGCCUUAGCUGAGAAGUGGCAGCUGAGUCUCUUGAUCGGGCUCAUCGCCAUAGCCAUCUAUACGGCAGUUCAAGUCAUGUCUCGCCCCACGAUUCCUGCCAAUGCGCCGCGUAUCCACAAAGGGCUGCCCAUUCUCGGUUCCGUGAAUUUCUUUCGCGCCAGAGCAGAUUUUCUACGAGCUGGCAAAGCCUGGGCACCGAAAGGUCUGUUCAGCUUCUACUACGGCCCGCACCGCGUCGUCGCCGUCUCUCGCGACACAGACAAGAAGAUUUUUUUCUCUCACCGAGCAUUGGACUUUGCUGCUGGCUAUGCCGCGCUCUUUGCCGGUGCUCCAGACGUCAGACAUGUGGGCGACGAAGACGAAACAAAGCAGACCACAGAAAGAUUCUCGAUCCUAUUCAAGCGUUUCUUGGCGAAGCCGCGACUCCAUGCCUGCCUCGAAAACCUCGUCGGCGACACCAUCGCCACCUUUGACGCAUUCGACACUUCAAAGCCCAUGGACCCGUUCGACACCAUGUACAAACUCAUCUUCCAGCUGACGCAUCGCACGGUAGGAUGCAAUGAUAUCGCCGCCGACCCCAAGCUCCUCAAAAAAUCAUUGGCAAUGUUCACCGAUCUCGAUGCUACUGGUGCUAUCGAGGUCAUGUUUCCUUGGCUGCCCACUCCAGUCAAACUCAGGAAGCUCUGGGGCGGUGCGCGCAUGCACUGGAUGUUCCAGCGAAUAAUAAAGAAGAGAAGGGAACAGGACCAACCCGGCAACGAUGCGAUGCAGCUUAUGAUGGAUGCAGGCGACACAGACCUGCAGAUCUCUGUGUUCAUUAUCGGUGCACUGUUUGCUGGAGUGGUCAACUCCGGCAUCAACGCAGCAUGGAUCCCCAUUUACCUCGCUCAAAACGAAAAGUGGCGUCAACUUGUACAGGCUGAAGUCGACGCCAGUCUGGACAAGUACCGCCAUGGACCUGGCGACACUCCAGCGGAUAUUAUACCGCGGUUGACCGCACAUGAUUGGGAUAACGAUUUCCCGACUGUCGAUUUAGUCUUGCGUGAAUCCAUUCGCCUCAACAUUUGCGGCUCGAUGAUACGAAAAAAUGUCAGCGGCAAGGAUAUUGAUAUUACUGGAUCGGGUUACGUGAUUCCAAGCAACACCUUCGCGGUUUAUCUUAUUGACUACACACACAUGAAUCCCGAAAUUUACACAGAUCCUACAGAAUUUGAUCCGGGACGCUACCUCCCAGGUCGUGAAGAGGAUAAGAAAGUAGAUAAUGCAUAUCUCGGAUGGGGAGCUGGUCUUCACCCAUGCCUGGGCAUGAGAUUUGCUAAACUGGAAAUGGCUAUGCUUAUAGUCACUCUUAUGGCUUAUUUUGACUUUGAUCUCUGUGAUAAGCAGGGCAACCCACGGACAACACCUAUUCCGAGGACAGAUCGUAACUGGCCAAUUUUACAUGAGUUUGACCUACUUGAAGUGAAAUAA